GCAACCCCGAGCACAGCGCAAACUGGAUUAAGGAACUGGAGUGACACCAUUUUAGUCAUGCUUCUGUAAAUUCAGCUCCAAUACGAGCUGCAACUUUAACUUUCUGUAGAGUUUUUUAGAGUUUAGGUGGAAAUAAAGAAGCAGCGAGGUGAGAUGGGGAGCACAGCGGCGGAUAAAGAGAAGAGCGACUCGUCCAGGGUGAAGAACCUGAAGAAGAAGAGAUCACUGCGCCUCCACAUGCCUGAUCUGAGUCUGUACACGUCGUCUCUUCUGGAUGGUGAAAAGGAGAAACCGGAUAAAACUGGAACUCCAAAGGGGGACGAGGCGUUCUCCUCCAGCCCCACUAAAGGGUCCCCGCUGAGAUCCUCUCUGCCCCGGCCCUCCAGCCCCAUAUCGGCCCCCGUACGUCCUCGGAGCGGGACCGGUCCUUCCAAAAGCAUCUUCCCCUACCAGACGUCGUACCAAGACUCUCCUCCGAAAUCACCUCACCGCCUCAACCUCAGCGGCAUCUUCCGCUCGCCGUCCAACCCGGCCGGCAUCAAGAUCUUCUCCAGGUCCCGCAAAGCUUCUGGACCCACGUCUCCGCCCGGUACCCUGACUCCGGCCUCCGGUGCUCCGGUUUUCUCUCCGGAUGAACGACGCCUCCGCUCGCUGUCCUCUCCUCCUGAUACGGGCCUUCAGCGCUUCAGCGUGACAUCACCAAACUCCGCCCCCGGCACCACCGCGGCUUUGUUUAGCCCCGCCCCCUCCAGCUACAGCCCGCCGUCCUACCUGGUACAGCGGCGUUCGAACGUCGGUGGUUCCUCUGAAACUCUGCUGGAGAAGCUUCACCUCGAUGAUGAUGAGCUGGGCAGCACCGUUUACACUCGCUUCAUGAGAUCACACCGCUGCUACGACCUGAUCCCCACCAGCUCCAAACUCGUGGUGUUCGACACCGCGCUGCAGGUGAAGAAAGCAUUUUUCGCUUUGGUGGCUAACGGGGUACGAGCUGCACCCCUGUGGGAAUCCAAAACUCAGAGCUUCGUGGGGAUGCUGACCAUCACCGACUUCAUCCGGAUCCUGCACAGAUACUACAGGUCCCCUCUAGUGCAGAUCUAUGAGCUGGAGGAGCACAAGAUUGAAACGUGGCGAGAGCUGUACCUGCAGGAGACCUUCAGGCCGCUGGUGAACAUUUCACCUGAUGCCAGCAUAUUCGACGCCGUUUACUCGCUGAUCAGAAAUAAGAUCCACCGGCUGCCCGUGAUCGACCCGGUCUCAGGAAACGUCCUGUACAUCCUCACGCACAAGAGGAUCCUCAAGUUCCUCCAGCUCAACGUAAGAUUUAGUCAUGUCCAGUGCCCACUCACAGAGGGAACGUCUGGCUCACCGAACUCUCCUGAUCUCCGACAGGUCUCUCAGAUGCCCAAACCGGCCUUCAUGGAGCAGACGCUGGCCGAGCUGGGCGUCGGCACGUACGCCAACAUCGCCCACAUCCGGCCCGACACGCCCAUCAGCGGAGCGCUGAGUGUGUUCGUGGAGAGGAGGGUGUCGGCCCUGCCCGUCGUGGAUCAUUCAGGAAAAGUCGUGGAUAUUUAUUCCAAAUUUGACGUCAUAAAUCUGGCAUCAGAGAAGACCUACAAUAAUCUGGAGGUGACGGUGACCGAGGCGCUGAGACACCGCUCGCAGUAUUUCGAGGGGGUGAUGAAGUGUAAACGACACGAGACGCUGGAGACCAUCGUGGAGCGCAUCGCUAAAGCCGAGGUCCACAGGUUGGUGGUGGUGGACGGGAACGACUGUAUCGAGGGAAUCGUCUCGCUGUCGGACAUCCUCCAGGCUCUGGUCCUCGCUCCUGCAGGGAUCUCCAGGAGGGAGGAGAAGCUGGAACGGCCAUCCAUGACCACCACGUAGUGAAGGUCAGCACACCGCUCUGAGUGCUCAGGGUGAAGGACGUUACUCCGGGACUGAACGCUGCUCUGAUUUACGGACCGGGUCGCCGCUCAGAACCUAAUCAGGCGCUUCUGGGGUCCGACUUUAUUAUAACAGUUUUCGGACGUGACCACAGCGCCCCCCGGUGGAGAAACUGUUUCAGCUUGACAGAAUCCUCACCUGUGCUGUGUAAACAACGUCUGCUUGCCACGACCAUGAAUGUAAUCAAUCCUGAUCAGGGUCUUUUUUUCUAAUCCCGACUUCCUCCGAUCAUGUCUGUGUGUAGGCGCCCGACCGGCCGGUGGGUGUUAGACACACGGGUUUGCGCUGAUAUCCCUCAGAAACAGCUCAGAGAGAACCGAAUCAAACAGUAAGCCUAUUUCUGAACCAUAAAACAACAGCCAAUCGUAUCCUGUCGCGUACUUCUAUGUAUGGCUGUUGAGCAGAGGUAAUAUGUGCGCUAACACUAUAGCCAAAAGUAUGUGGACACCCUCCUAAUGACCACGUUCCUAGAAGGAAUAAAGCCGUGUCCAUAACUGACCAACGUUAGGGUGAAUCGGAACACCCUAAGAUGACGUGAGGCUGCCACCUAGAGGAGGGGGGCGAGGGUUCUAAACUUCAUAUUAGUGCUCGUGGUUUUGGAACGGGGUGUCCACAUACUUUUGGUAACACGGCUGCCAAUCGUCUUCACCGACCAAUCGAUGAGCUCCGAGCGAUCUGUUCCAAAAUAAAGUGAAAGGAACAUCUGAGAGAACUGAGGGAACUGGAUAUGUAGGAGGAUACCUCAGAGGUGGAGAAAAUCCAGCCACACUGCCUAGGUCAGGACAGUUCUCUAAACUUCAAGGAAUUCCAGCGGUUCUCUAAGAUGUUCUGUUAUAGACGGUUUUUCUGGUCACACGUAUUUUGAUGGGGGGUCUGCAGCACUGGAGGGGAGAUAUGGACCAGGGGAAUUGGAUAUGACUAAAUUAGGGAGAAAAAGGGGGGGAAAUCCGGCCGAAUCCACCUGACUCGUUUAAAUUUUGCCUGGACACUGUGUGAUUGUUUUGCGAUUGUGACGUUGUGGGCAGUGGUAUUCAGAAGGUCGCUGGUUCAAGCCCCACGCCUGCCAGGUUCCCACUGUUGGGCCCUUGAGCAAGGCCCUUGACCCUCGAUUGCUUGCAGUGUAUACAGUCAUGACUGUAAGUUGCUUUGAAUGAGAAUGUAAAUGUGAUUCUGAUGUGAUUAUUUUUCUUUAUUUCCGAUCGAGCUCUGGUUACGUUGUGGAAUCGGAAUCUAGACAGUGUUUGUGUGUGUUGAUCUGAAUCCAGACCGGUGGACGAUUGAAUGUGAACAGAACGGUUGUUCUAUAGUUAAUUCUAUUUGUAAUUUUACUCUGAUUUGGGAUGAGAAUCAGGAAGCUGCUCUUUAUGUUCCGGCGGGGCGACACUAAUGUUCCUAAAGUUAUUUUUCUACCAUGUUUGACUUUAAAUAAACAAACGUUUUCCUCA